AUGGAUGCUCACCUGCUGUUCCCGUUCCUGAUGAUGCUACUGGCUGUGUGUAUGGAUUAUCACUAUGCAGAUGCAAAUGAGGACCAGGGCAGUCAACUGCGAGGCCUCUGGAGGUUGUCAAUGAAAGACUCAAAGCAGAAAACGAAAGGUGUGCCACCUCCUCAUCCAAUCAGAGGAAUGGUCAAACAACAGCUGCUGUACUGCCGUGUUGGGAUUGGAUACCAUCUCCAGGUCCUGUCCAAUGGAACUGUAGGAGGAGUGCAUGAACCAACUGAACAUAGCUUGCUGAAGGUGUUUGCCAUGAAGUGUGGUGUUGUGGGAAUCAGAGGCGUCAAGAGUGGCUUGUAUCUCUGUAUGAGCCAAGAGGGCAUCGCACACGGAGCAGUACAGUUCUCAUCUGACUGUCUGUUUAAGGAGAGCCUGGAGGAGAACCACUACACCACCUUCUCCUCCCUGUCUCACCCAGGCAUCUACUUGGCCCUGUCCCAUAAAGGAGAGGCUAAGAGGGGGACCAGCGCUGGAAGACACCAGCCCUGCACACACUUCCUCCCUCGCAGAGCUCCAUAA